GGAAUUGCUGCUGGUGCUUCGUCCGAACUGCGUCGGACGGCUCUAUGAUGCUCCUUCGAGUCGUUGGGAGUCGGAUAACGCUAGAAUCCGGAGUUGGGACGAUGGAUGGGCCAGGUUCUGACCGGAUGUCGUAGCGCUCAGCUUCGUCGCUCAGGAUCCUGUUGCGAUAAUGGACGUCUCAGCACCCUCCACGCCUGUUUCGCUGCUUGUCAAUAUCGCAUUGGCAGAACUGUUACUGGGACACCAGGCUAACUCCGUCUUCGCAUCUCAGAAAUGCCCACCCGGUUCACCAAGACUCGCAAGCACCGCGGCCACGUCUCGGCUGGUCACGGUCGUGUCGGCAAGCACCGCAAGCACCCCGGAGGUCGUGGUCUCGCCGGUGGCCAGCACCACCACAGGACAAACUUCGACAAGUACCACCCUGGUUACUUCGGUAAGGUCGGUAUGCGCCGCUUCCACCUGACCCGUAACCACCAAUGGCGCCCGAUCAUCAACAUCGACAAGCUGUGGACGCUUGUGCCGGAGGAGGAGAAGAAGGACUUGACGGAGGAUUCGGAGGUCGUCCCUGUCAUCGAUACCCUCAGGCAUGGUUACGGCAAGGUGCUGGGCAACGGCCAAUUGCCCAAGCUUCCCUUCAUCGUGAAGGCGCGAUUCGUCUCGGCCCUUGCGGAGAAAAAAAUCAAGGAGGCGGGCGGUGUCGUGAAGCUUAUUGCAUGAAGUUGUAUUUCGGUCGCCCUCUGCUGAUGUUACUAUUCUCCUUUCCUCUCGCACCGCGCACAUGUGACAUGACAUACACAUGCAAUAUGGCAUUCAUGACUGGCAAAAGAAUUGACGUGUGCGAUGCUGCG